UCUGCACAGCCCCAGCAGUAUGCGGGUUACCAGAUGGCCUGGUAAGAUGGUAGGGGGAUGUAAGGGCCUAAUACCUGGUUAAGUCUUAUUGGUUGUGUGAUUUUGCAACGUUUGAAAUUUGCCCGCGCUUCGCUCUGUAUGGACCCCGCUUUUGCUCAGUUUAAAAUAAUUGGAUUCCGCGUUUUCUAUAGAAUAUGAUUGGGUACAGAUUGUUAAGAUGAAGUGUGUGUCCCCUCCCUGAGUGUACUGGAUUUCUAUAUAUUGUGUGGUUUGAGCCUUGUUCGGGGUCGAGCUUGGUAGACUGCUGCCAGUCUCCAUCUCGGCCCGGAUUGCAAUUCGUCAAUAAACAUCUUUACUUCCUUGCAGUGGAUGGUGGUUUGAUUUAUGCUCGCUAACAUUUGGAGGCCCCAGCCAGAUCCCUCAGACGGGUAUUCCUGAGGACACCCCAUCCUGGGUCCAGACCCUCAGAGGCCUUGGAAGUCCUGCCCGGCGCCGCCGGAGCUUCCAGGCUGAGUUCCCCAAAGUAGCCCCGAUACGCACAUGGGAGCUGAGAGACCAAAAGGGGGCGGUAAUCAAAAGCCUGUCAACUGCUGGUCAGCCGAUUUUCUCCCUUGACCUGUGUGAUUUGUUUGGAAAAAACUGGACUGGUUCAACUACCACUGAUGGAGGGUGCGGCUCCACAAGCCUGGAAAAUAGCCUUCGGGAUCGGGACUACUAUGUCUGUCCUAGGGAAGGAGGAUACCCCCCACCUGGCGACAGCUGCAGAGGAGAGAGAUAUUUUUUCUGUGGCCUUUGGGGGGACUGCAAGACUCUUCAUUGAAAGACGAUGACAGGGACUUGCAGUUUACCAAGGUGGAUAGGUCUGGUGUCCUGACUAAGCAAGGCACCUGCAACCUUGGGGACUGCAACCCUGUGGAAAUGAAGAUCAAGACCUGGCAUAAGACUGACGCCUGGAGAAGGGGAAAGAAGUGGGGAAUCCGGUUGGUGUUUACCGGAGAGGACCCAGGGGCGCUCUUCACCAUCCAACAGAAGCCGUGGUCCCAUGCUCCAGUUGGGCCCCUGCAACCCAUUCAUUUGGGACAGAACCCCCGGAACACCCCUCCCCCACCAGCUGUGGCAGAUGUCAGCCCGAAUUUCACCGGGACGAGAAGACAGGGUACAAAUGCCUCAUUUGAUGUACAUCCCCUUGUGGAGCCACUGGUGAGGUCUGCGGAACUGAUGUAUAACCUUUUAAAUGACUCUGCCCCCAAUAUCACCCAGGACUGUUGGUUGUGCCUACACCCUGAACCCCCUUACUACAUAGGAGUAGCGGUUGAAGCCCAGAUAGGGCCUGGUAAGGGGGACAUUACGAAGAUAUCCCUUUCAUCGGGAAGCUUGAAUAGCCCAGAAUGUAAAUGGGGGACACAGCUCCAUCAGGUAACUUUGAGGGACGUCCAAGGAAAGGGAACUUGUUUUGUCACAGAAUAUUAUCAGCUGGGUGCUUCCCUCAUUUGGGAUGCUUCCCCCUAUCGGGUCCAUUGCUCCCACACCAUAAAGGCCAGCAGGACCCAAGAGUGGUCCGCCCUCCUAAAGGCUCCAGAGGGAACCUGGUGGGUCUGCACCUCAAGAAUGGCCCCCUGCGUUACUUUUUGGGGGGCGGAUCAGGAAGAGCUUUGUAUUCUAACUCACAUCCUGCCCCGCCUGUAUUAUGCACAUGGCGGGACAGGCUGGGCUCACCUGAGGAAUCAGGAGGAGGCUCACCUUAAACAUAAGCGUGCUCCGGUAUUAGUUCCCCUACUUGCAGGAGCAGCAAUUGCCGGAUCUAUAGCUGUAGGAGCAACGGCCCUGGCCAAGGAAGAAACCAUAGUUAAAUUAGACCAACAGGUAGACCAAGACUUAAGGACAUUAGAGGACUUGAUGGAAGCUCUUGAAGGGUCACUGUCCUCCCUUGCUGAAGUGGUCCUCCAAAACCGAAGAGGACUUGACUUGCUUUUUUUAAGACACGGAGGAUUAUGCGUUGCCCUUAAUGAAGCUUGCUGUUUUUAUGCCAACCACUCCGGAUUGGUGAGGAAAAGCCUAAGUGAAGUCAAGAGGAGGAUAGGAGAUCGGGCACAGAAAUGGAAGGAGCUGAGAGAGAGCAACUGGUUUAAAGGCAAUUGGUUCUCCAACUGGUUUUCAAACAUUUUCUCCAGCUGGCCUUCUUGGCUUAAAACUCUGGUUGCCACCAUAGCUGGGCCCUUGAUUACUUUGUUACUCAUAGUCACCCUGGGUCCCUGCCUGUGGAGAACCUUGGUGUCUAUGAUCCAGCAACGGACUGGAAAAGUUAUGAACUUAGAGACCUAUCUAGAGGCUAAUGGAGGUCAUAUUUAUUAUGACACAGAUUAUGACUCAGAAGAAGAAAAGAAAGGUGAAGAAGAAUCAAGGAUUUGAUUCGCGGCUAAGACUAGUGGGGAAUGUGACAGGCAAUAACAUGCUGUUACAUUGGAACCCCGUCUUCAAUAUUAAUGAUUUAUUAAUAUUUUUCUUGGUUAAGUUCCUUUUUAGGUUUUAGUGUUAAGUUCCUUUUUCUUUCUUUAGAGUUGAGCUGUUUUGCUGAGUGAAGUGGAAAGUCCCUUGCCCUCUCCCCUUGAACAGAACUAAUCAGUGAGGGCCAUCAGGUGUUUUGCAGAAGUUCUGUAUGAGGGCUGGAAGCCCUGCCUAGAGACUGGUUUUAUCAGGACCUCUGCACAGCCCCAGCAGUAUGCGGGUUACCAGAUGGCCUGGUAAGAUGGUAGGGGGAUGUAAGGGCCUAAUACCUGGUUAAGUCUUAUUGGUUGUGUGAUUUUGCAACGUUUGAAAUUUGCCCGCGCUUCGCUCUGUAUGGACCCCGCUUUUGCUCAGUUUAAAAUAAUUGGAUUCCGCGUUUUCUAUAGAAUAUGAUUGGGUACAGAUUGUUAAGAUGAAGUGUGUGUCCCCUCCCUGAGUGUACUGGAUUUCUAUAUAUUGUGUGGUUUGAGCCUUGUUCGGGGUCGAGCUUGGUAGACUGCUGCCAGUCUCCAUCUCGGCCCGGAUUGCAAUUCGUUAAUAAACAUCUUUACU